AGAAGAGGAGUUUUGGACCCACAAUUCUGAAACUAUUCCCACACGUGUCAACCUGUUCUUUUGCAUGGGAUCUCACACACUUUAACCCACCUCCAUCUUUAAUACUCUCUCUCUCCCACUCCUCCUUUAGCUUCAAAGUUUUCUUAUUCUCUUGUUGUGGCUGGCUUUCCUGAACCAGUUCCGUUUUAUAUUAAAACACCCCAUGGCAAAACAAGGUUAUGUUUUCCACAACAACCCGGCUUUGCUUUUCCUUCUAUUAUUGCUUUUUGAAGCAGCUAAUGGUGGAAGAGCCACCCGGUUGAACCACUGGGAGUCUGGAAUAAUCCGACUGCCUUCAGAAAAAGAUGAUCAGCAACUCGGAACCAGAUGGGCUGUUCUCGUGGCUGGUUCAUCUGGCUAUGGAAAUUACAGGCAUCAGGCAGAUGUAUGCCACGCUUAUCAACUGUUAAGGAAAGGAGGAUUGAAGGAAGAGAACAUUAUUGUGUUUCUGUACGAUGACAUAGCCAUGAAUGAGCUGAAUCCGAGGCCAGGAAUCAUCAUCAACCAUCCCCAAGGGGAUGAUGUUUAUGCCGGCGUGCCUAAGGAUUACACGGGUGAGCAUGUUACUGCUGCAAAUUUGUAUGCAGUGCUUCUUGGUAACAGAAGUGCAUUGAGUGGGGGAAGUGGAAAGGUUGUUGAUAGCAAAACCAAUGACAGAAUAUUCCUUUACUACUCCGAUCAUGGAGGCCCCGGAGUUCUCGGGAUGCCAAAUUUGCCAUUUCUGUAUGCUAUGGAUUUUCUUGAUGUCUUGAAGAAAAAACAUGCUGCUGGGAGCUACAGAGAGAUGGUUAUAUAUGUAGAAGCUUGUGAGAGUGGCAGUAUCUUUGAAGGAAUAAUGCCAGAAGAUCUCAACAUUUAUGUAACAACAGCGUCAAAUGCGCAAGAGAGUAGUUGGGGUACGUAUUGUCCUGGGAUGGAACCUUCUCCACCUCCGGAGUUCAUCACUUGUUUAGGAGAUUUGUAUAGUGUGGCCUGGAUGGAGGACAGUGAAACUCACAAUCUGAAGAGAGAAACCAUAGAGCAACAGUAUAAAACAGUAAGGGAACGAACUUCCAAUUUCAACUCAUACACAUCCGGUGGAUCGCAUGUGAUGGAAUACGGUAGCACAAGCAUUAAAGCUGAAAAGCUUUAUUUGUAUCAAGGUUUUGAUCCUGCUUCCGUAAACUUUCCUCCAAAUGAAUUAAGCCAUGACACGCAAAUGGAAGCUAUUAACCAGAGAGAUGCAGAUAUUCUCUUUUUAUGGCAUAUGUACAAAAAUUCGGAAGAUGGAUCGAAGAAGAAAGAAAUACUGAAACAGAUUUCUGAGACUAUGAGGCAUAGAAUCCACUUGGAUGGCAGCAUUGACUUGAUUGGAACAGUGUUGUAUGGACCAGCAAAAGGCUCUGUCAUCCUCAAUACCAUCAGGGAACCUGGUUUGCCCCUUGUUGAUGACUGGCAGUGCUUGAAAUCCAUGGUUCGCUUGUUCGAAACACACUGCGGGUCACUAACUCAGUACGGAAUGAAACACAUGCGUGCAUUUGCAAACAUUUGCAACAGUGAUGUUUCCCAAUCCGCAAUGGAGGAAGCUUGUGUUGCAGCAUGCAGCAGCAGCCAUGAUCCAACACAAUGGCAUCCUUCAAAUAAUGGGUAUAGCGCUUGAUUGAGGAAUCCAUGUGCCCAAGGCCAUUCACUACCAUUAAAUCUGAAUCGUUUUCAAAGUUAGUUUAGUAUGUUAGGUUUUUCUGCUAGAUGCACUUUUAUCACAAGGUUGUAGCCACCUAGCAGAUGGGUUGUAGACACAUACAUAUUAAAUAGCUUAAGGUAAACAGAGAUAUGUUGUUAUCUUAAUAGAGGAUUAAUAUUACAGGUAUACCAAAUACAAAAUAAUAGUUGUUUGAAGACAUAGUCUUAUGCUAAGAUCUAUAGAGGAGCUGUUGAAGUAUGUAAUUUAUAUUUUGGUCCUCUACUAUAAAAUAAACACCUAUGAUAGGAAAUUGUACUA